AUGGGGGAGGAUAGCUGUGUUUAUUUUCUUCCAGCCACAGAUGGUUUCAGAGGCUGUCUGAGGGCUGAAGCGGAGGCACGCAGAACGACAGCCGGGGAUGAAGCCGCAGCUUUAGGGGAAAAGUUGCAUUUAUUGCAUACAUAGCCUGGCCACGAGACAUAAGUUCCCACGAUGUUAAUGCACAUAGUUACGUUUGCCCUUUUGAUUUUCAACCUCGGACCUGCAGAGGGUUUCCCCAAUUACAAAGAUGACUACAUGGACGAGGACUUGGCUACCUUUGACUAUUACAAAGGCACGGAUGAGUUUGACGAGGGGAACAGGACGCAGGAGUGUGAGGAGUGUGCGCCGGAGCUGUGCCCGCUGCCGCUGGGCUGUAGAGCGGGACUGGAGCGGGACAGAUGCGGCUGCUGCUCUCAGUGCGCUAACCUGGAGGGACAGACCUGUGACCUCGGCCAGAGAAACGUCUAUUAUGGACUGUGCGGAGAGAACAUGGAGUGCAAACUGGACCGGUCGGAUGGAGCGGACGGAGAGGAGCCAGAAGCCCAUUGUGUGUGUUUGUCCCAGAAACCUCUGUGUGGCUCAGACGGACAAACUUACACGAACAUCUGCAAAUAUAAAGAAGCGGCGUAUUCAAAUCCUGGAGUCAAUGUGAGCGACGGGCCGUGCAGGACAGUCCCCAUCAUCAAGGUGCCGCCACAUAAUCAGCUCAAUGCAACGGGCAGCAGUAUAGCAUUUCUCUGUGAGGUGUUUGCAUUUCCCAUGGCACUAGUGGAAUGGAGGAAAGAUGGAAAAGAGGUUAUUUUACCUGGUGACGACCCCCACAUAUCUGUUCAGUCACGAGGUGGCCCUCAGAAGUAUGAACUUUCCAGUUGGCUGCAGAUUGAAGAGACCAGUCAGAUGGAUUCUGGCACAUACAGGUGCAUCGCUCGAAAUGAGCUUGGCCAUGUCUCAGCCACAGCGAUUUUAGGAGUCCUGCCACCAGAUGAGAUGUCUGCCUAUUUGGAGCAAAACAUGAAUGAAAUGAAGAACUAUGGCCAAUUACAGGACUAUGACAGGGAUUAUUACUAAAUUUCAGAUCCCAACACCCUCAAGAACAACAAUGUCUUUUUACUUUCAGCCAGUAAAUUUGAGACAUGGCUCUCAAAAAAAUAAAUAAAAUAAAAUAAAAAAAUAGUAAGCCUUGUAAAAAAACAUCCCCCUCCAGAGCUUUUUCUACAUCUGGAUAAUCAAACAUGGAGACGGUGAGGAAGAAGCUUAAAUAAAUUCCCAAUGGCACAGACCUUUAAAAUGGAUGAAAGACACACAAUGGGACAGAGGAGUAGUCUGGAAGCUGCUAGAAGCUGUGAAAUUCAGUACAGAGAGUAGCUGCUGGAGCUGAAUGUCUCUUUUGUUUCACCAAUGUUCUCCUUCAGAGUGACAAGUUGAAUAACACAACAUUUAGGACUGUGAAAUUUGAAUGAUAGCUGUACGAUUAUGAAAAAUACAGCUACUUUUUGAUAACUACAUAUUAUAAUAGCAGUUUUGAAUUUUAUAUUUUAUAUUAAAAUACUAUUUGUGUGACAACGCUUUUCACUUUGGUUAGAAACCUUUUUUUUUCAUGUUAUAAAUAAAGCAUUUUGACGCAACUGGAAUGUACUAAAAUGGAAUGCUAUAAUUGUCUCUUUAAAGAAUAGUUAGCAGAAGCCUUUAAAGUCAUUCUAAAAAAGUGUAAUAUUUAUACAACAUCUCAAUGAAGAAUUUAAUACUGAGGAACUUAUAUUACAAACAAUAGUGCUAGUUACAUUGUCCAUUUUUACUCCAAGGAUUUCCUGAAUGAGUCAGUAAUUUUAUUAUGAUUCUGUUGAAAGGUUUAAUGACUCAUUCAUAAAGAAAGUCACAGGCUGCAUUUGAAUAUGCAUACUUCCUUACUAUAUAGCCUAGGUGAAAACAGUGAGUAAGUCCAAAUUCAUAGCAUGAAUUCACUUUACUAUCCAAUUAGGCCACGAGUCACUGAAAAAUCCCCACCACUAAAAUGCAUAGACUGACAGUCUUCUCUGAAAGGCCACUGUUUUUCUCAGGACUUGCUGCUGUCCCUUUUGUGCUUGACCUUUGAUCAAAAUCAGUUCCUCAGAAAGAAUCAAUCGGUUUCUACUCAAAGCAGAAAGUGUAUUAGCCUCUGAGUUUGUGUACAGUAUGUUUCCAUAUGGCAUCCUUCUUUUACAAGCCUUUCCUUUGUGUGUGUGUGUGUGUGUGUGUGUGUGUGUGUGUG